AUGACUCAGGUUGCGAGGCACGAUAUCGGAAAUACCGCACUCAAACGAGUUCGGAUCCUCGAUCAGAAGCAGUCGAAGUACGGCUGUAGGACCUGCAGACAGCGCAAAGUCAAAUGCGACGAGAGCCUUCCAGCAUGCCAAAGAUGCUUGAGGUCUGGACGAUCCUGUGCUGGCUACGCUCGGGUACCGCGAAUCAAGGUUCUUGUCCCCCAACAGCACUCGUCCAUUAUCGAGCCAAUCGGCAGUACUCCCAGCCAGCAACCCGAACAGCAGACGAUGGCCCGGUUGACUCUGGCUUUCUUCGCGCUUGAUCCCCAUCAGCUCCACAAUAAGGCAGGUGCGGAGUUCUCUUCCGUGCUGCUCCCACAACUCGCGGCUACUAGGAGCUAUGUCAACGCUGCCGCUGGAGUCCUUGGAGCCGCUUAUGACAAGUGUGUUCUGCGCCGGAACGAUCACGAGCAGAACCAGCUCGUUACCAAGCUAUACCUAAAUGCGCUUAGACAGGUACAGGAAGAGCUUCAACGCCCAGAGCCCGAUACUCUGCCGUUACUGGUGUCUGCUAUGCUGCUAGCUGCCGCCGAGAGCAUCCAGCAUAGGCCAAUCGACGCACUGAGUCACAUCCUGGGUGCAUUCACGAUGAUCAAUCUCGGGGGCGGCACGUCCCCCGAGCCAACCUAUCCCACAUCGAUAGGCCCGCUGCCUCCUAACGGCUUGGUCGAAAGUCCUGGCUCGGCUCACGACGUCGCGUUCAGUGUAGAUUACCACAUCUCCAUGUUCGCGUGGGGCAGAAGUCCUCGGUUUGCGCCUUUGCCAGUAACCAACGAAAUGCUGUACCCAGCCUCCGUAGAAGACCUCACUUCAGGACACCCUGCCCUCCAACAAUGGUGCCAGCAUUUCAUUGCCAAGGCUUUAGAGCCCGAAUGGGAGGAGCGAAUUGACUUCCCUCCAACGCUGGUCACACAGCAGGACUACCUCGUCGCCUGGAUCAAGCGCUGGCUACGCACUUACACUCUGCUGUUCGAUGCUCCGCGCGCCCAAGCCUCACCUCGCCAAACAUCCCACUUCAGGAUCCUCAAAGCCCAAACCCUCACCACCUUCAUCGCCGUCUCCAACGUCAAGCCCCCGACUCAAGUCAGCUACGACGCCUACGCCCCACAAUUCGAAGAAAUCAUCCGCUGCGCCGAGCACGUCCUCAAUCUACACUCCUCAACUCCCACCACCCCCUCCUCCACCGCAUCAUCGUCUUCCCCUCUAGUCCCCUACUCCCCCCUCCCUGGCAUCAUCCACCCCCUCCACUUCACGGCCCGGCGAUACCGCGACCCCAUCUCGCGCCGGCGCGCCAUCCACCUGCUCCGCCACGCCGGCAUCGAAGGCCCCUUUCAAGGCGAGUUCUCGGCACGCAUCGCCGCGCGCCUGGUCGAGAUCGAGGAGGGGCGCGCGCCCUUCAAGCCCGUGCUGUCGGCCGAAGAGGUGCUGCCGAUGAGCGCCCUUGAGGACCGGAGGCGCGUGUAUGGCUGUUGGAUCUUGGAUGGGCCUGCACAUCAGAAGCAGGAGGACGAAGAUGGGGUGGUGCGACGGGUCAUGAAGCUGAGUCGGCGGAGGGGUGUGGCGCCUGUGUCUAGGUGGAAGGAGGGAGAUGCAUGGGCAGAGAGGGGAAAGGUGGCGAGGUGUGCACAUGGCAUGCCGUUGCAGGUGGGUCCGCUGAAUAAUCCGGAUGGGAGAGGGAAGAAAGGGUACGGGGGUGGGAGCGAGAUGUGGGAGGUCUGGGAGGAGGUGGUGGUGGUGCACGGGUAA